AUGAGCCGGAAUAGGCCACUAGCCAUCGCACUGGACUGUGAAUUUCUAAAGACGCAUGGCCAAGUUCUCGCAAGCUCUGUGGCAUUUGUGCCAUUCUCCUCAGCGAAGGCUACAGAGGUGAGAGAGGAGCAGCGUGGCGAUGCCCAAGCAGCCGCAAUGGCAGCUGAACCCCCUCGUUGUCUGCUGAGACACCCAGCGCUGCGGCGCACGACGGUGCUUGGGAAUCCCAUCAUUCUUAGCCUCAAUCCGGCAGAAGUGAUGCGUCGCGCAGACGUCCUUCCAUGCGGUCACUGCCUUACGCCGUUGCUAAGGGAGUCGCUGGUGUCCGGUGAGGCACUCCAGACCAUUCAGCUCCGCCACACAAAUUCGAGCGUUGAAGCACCAUCAGAGAGUAGUGAAGAGCCCUCCACCUCAUCAGUCGCAGGCGUGCGUGCGUUGGUUGGGGACUUUGAAACGUUAUGUCCCUAUAGCAUCCCCAAUCUCAGGCGCGCCGACAAGACAUGGUUAAAGUCCAUUUACGCGGCUCCUGUGGAUUCGAUGGAUUUUAAAGAAGCGGCUAUGCAGCUGAAUCAUCUCCGUGCUUAUGGUAAAGGGAGGCGACGGAAGCGGGCCCUGUCCUUUCUGUUGCGGUACCAACCGGAACUGCUCCAGGACGUAUUGCAAGCCUCGUUUGCGACACCGGAAGCGUGGUGCGCGUGGCUUAUGAUGUGCGGAGACAAGGUUGAGACGGAGCUUCGUCGUUUGGCUGAAGACCAUCGCCGGUUGGCAUCCUCAGAUGCCUUGGAAACAACACCACUUACAGCUGAUGGUAAAGGGACGAAGACUAGUGCAAUACGAUACAAGGAGUGUGAAACCAUUGAAGAGUUGUCGUAUGAGCUGAAUUCUGCGUGGCGUUCCUUGAUGCAUAAGGAUCCUCGCGGGGGCAGNAGCAACACAAAUAGCAAGUUCUACACAUAUGGCGACAUGGAUGCAGAAGCUAUACGAAACACACUUCAACUGAGCUGUUGCAUGAUGACGCGGUAUUCGUCUCGUGUUUCGAAGGGUUUACCUGUAAAUUCAAAGGAUUCUUCUAACAUAAAAAAGCCACUCGAUGAGGGAAAAAAAGUACAGCAACAGGUGCCCAAACUAAGGCCUGUUACCGGCGAGCUUCUUUCUUCGCCGUACGAGGCGAAGGUGCUGGACGUGACGCGUCACGCCUUGUUUGCCGCGUCCGGGUUUCGCCCUUCGCCGAAAACAAUUCCGUCAUUGACGGACGCCUUGGAAAAGGCGGCUUCUGUGGAUAUGACGGCGGCCCUUCUCAAUGAGCGGAAGGAUCCGCAUAAUCCCGUAUGGGAUGCCAAGGCCCUUGCCUGCAUAGCGGCCGCGAGUGGGGUUUCGGUCGGUUAG